AUGAAAAAGUUUCUGGACUUCAUCGAGCUCAUCGAACCUUUGAUCGGCUGGGGAAAGGAUCGACCCGAGUGGGAGUCGUUUGUCAAGAGAGAGGCAGAUACUUGUAAGAGCGUUCCCUCUGUUCAACGAGUGUCAGCGUUGCCCUCGGCUGACGACUACAUCUCAGGCUACCAUCCGGCCGGUACUUGCAAAAUGGGCAACGACGAUGACCAAAUGGCUGUGGUUGAUGCGCAGCUACGGGUACGAGGAGUUGAUAAUCUAAGGGUCGUAGAUGCCAGCAUCAUGCCGACGCUGAUGGGUGGGCACCCGCAGGUGGCUGUUUAUGCUAUCGCGGAGAAAGCUGCCGACAUGAUCAAAAGGUUUGCUCAAGCUCCCGCAUAA